AUGGAUAAAGAUGUUUUGAGAUUAGUUCGAUCAUGUCAUGGAUGUCAACUAGUAAGUGCGAUGCCCAACCCAGAACCAUUGCAUCCAACGCAAAUGCCUACGGGUCCUUGGCAGGACUUGGCCAUUGACCUACUGGGACCUCUCCCAUCAAAACACUAUGUGUUUGUUGUGGUAGACUAUUACAGUAGAUUUUAUGAAGUAGAAAUUAUGAAAGAUACUACAACAGCUAAGAUUGUGAAUGCACUGGAGAAUAUGUUCUCUCGUUAUGGGCUACCAAGGUCAAUUACCUCGGACAACGGCCCACAGUUCAGGUCAGAAGUGUUCAAGGAAUACUUAAAUGAAAAUGGUAUUAACCAUAGAUUAGUGACACCUCUGCACCCUGCAGCAAAUGGUGAAGUUGAACGACAAAACAGAUCGCUGAUGAAGCGCAUUAGAAUAGCUCAUGCUCAGUCACAGGACUGGAAAAGGGAAAUCCGGUCAUACAUGUUUGCGUACAGAACAACUCCUCAUAGCACUACAGGUGUGUCCCCAGCUGAGUUAAUGUUUGGGCGAAAACUCAGAACAAAAUUGCCACAAAUAGAGGAGUUAGAGUACAGAAAUGAUGAGGAAGUUCAAGACAGAGAUGCUCUGAUGAAACACAAAAAUAAGUUGUAUGUAGAUAACAAAAGAAGAGCAGAAGAAAGUGAUCUGAAAAAGGGAGAUGCUGUACUGGUGAAGCAAAGUCAACAAAACAAAAUGAGUACACCAUUUCAUGCAGUGCCAUACACAUUAGUGGAGAAACAGGGUAACAGUUGCACUGUUGAAUCUCCAGAGGGAGUGAAAUACAAAAGAAAUAGCACUCAUGUAAAGAAAUACCAGCAAACAGAGUCUGACACUAGUCAGGAGAGUAUCGAAGAUCCAAUACAGAAUGAGGAUAUUAGUGGAGACAUUGUAGACCCACAAGUCUCCAUCUCAAGUCCAAUGCUAGGUUCACCAAGGGCAGUUCGUACAACGAGAAACUGUCUCCCUAAGCGUUUUGAUGAUUUUGUAAUGGAUGUUUAG